AUGCUUGGUUGCGAAAUUGGCCAAGAAUGUGCCAGCCAGGGGAAACCGCGCAAAAGACCCCCAGAGGGGCCACCCAAGUCUUGUCUUGAUGACCGGCGGAGCACGAAAUCAGAUGGCUCAUUACGAGCCACCGCUGGCCAGGCCCGACUCACUGGCUCUGAGUUGCCGACAUGCUCCAUAUUCUAUCUCUUUCGCGCCUCAAAUAGCAAGCGACGACGCUCCAUCAGCCAGGCCCCCAGUGAUGGCAGUGGGAGAGGGAUGGGUCUCAGGGUUGCAUCGUGCCCACGGCCGCCCGGACGGAUCGCGAAUCUUUGCGCCUGUGGCACUAGGGCCUGUUAG